ACCUGCUGCCCUCGCCCGGCCCGGGGCGCCGCUGCCAUGCGGCUGGCGCUGCUCUGGGCCCUGGGGCUCCUGGGCGCGGGGAGCCCUCUGCCCUCCCGACCACUUCCAGAUAUAGGUGGCCCCAAGGAGCCGCAGGCCAGACCGGAGAGGCUGCGGAGUGGGUCCUUGGAGCCCCAGAUCCUUCAGGACGACCGCCCACUCAGCCUAGCCGAGGUGCUUCAGAGCAGCCUGCCCAAGGCCCUGAGGAUCCAGCUGGAGCUGGACGGAGAGAGUCACGUCCUGCAGCUGCUUCAGAACAGGGAUUUGGUGCCAGGCCGCCCAGCCCUGGUGUGGUACCAACCUGAUGGCACCCGGGUGGUCAGCGAGGGACACACUCUGGAGGACUGCUGCUACGAGGGAUUGGUGCAGGGCCACACCAGCUCCUGGGCCUCCCUGUGCACCUGCUCUGGGCUCAGGGGGCUGGUGGUCCUGUCCCCAGAAAGAAGCUACGCCUUGGAGCCGGGGCCUGGGGAUCCUCAGGGCCCUCCCGUUAUCUCCCGGAUCCAAGACCUCCUCCUGCCAGGUCACACCUGUGCCUUGAGCUGGCGCACAUCUGUGCCCACCCUCCAGCCUCUGCCGGAGCCCCCCCACAGACAGCGCCCCAGCCACCGGCGGAGGCGUGACGUGCUCACCGAGACCAAGACUGUGGAGCUGGUGGUUGUGGCCGAUCACGCGGAGGUGCAGAGGUACCCGGACUUCCAGCAGCUGCUGAACCGCACGCUGGAAGUGGCCUUGCUGCUGGACACGUUCUUUCGGCCCCUGAAUGUCCGCGUGGCGCUGGUGGGCCUGGAGGCCUGGACCCAGCACGACCUGGUGGACGUGAGCCCGGACGCAGCCGUCACGCUGGACAACUUCCUGCACUGGCGCCAGGCGGACCUGCUGCCUCGAUUGCCCCAUGACAGUGCCCAGCUGGUGACCGGCAUCUCGUUCUCCGGGCCUGUGGUGGGCAUGACGGUGCAGAACUCCAUCUGCUCUGACUCCUCAGGAGCCGUCAACAUGGACCACUCCACCAGCAUCCUGGGUGUGGCCUCCUCCAUCGCACACGAAUUGGGCCACAGCCUGGGCCUGGACCACGAUUCCCCUGGGAGCCGCUGCCCCUGCCCCGGCCCAGCCCCAGCCAAGACCUGCAUCAUGGAAGCCUCCACAGACUUCCUUCCAGGCCUGAACUUCAGCAACUGCAGCCGCCGGGCCCUGGAGCAAGCCCUCCUGGCCGGGCUGGGCGGCUGCCUCCUGGAGCGCUCGCCCAGCCUGCCCGUGAUGGCCGCUUUCUGUGGAAAUAUGUUUGUGGACCCGGGCGAGCAGUGUGACUGCGGCUUCCCAGACGACUGCACUGACACCUGCUGUGACGCCUUCACCUGCCAGCUCAGGCCAGGGGCACAGUGUGCAUCCGACGGCCCCUGCUGUCAGAACUGCCAGCUACGCCCAGCUGGCUGGCAGUGUCGCCCUCCCAGAGGUGACUGUGACCUGCCCGAGGUGUGCUCAGGAGACAGCUCCCAGUGCCCCCCUGAUUCCAGCCUGGGAGACGGCGAGCCCUGUGCCGGCGGCCAGGCUGUGUGCAUGCAUGGGCGCUGUGCCUCUUAUGCCCAGCAGUGCCAGUCACUCUGGGGGCCCAGAGCCCAGCCUGCCCAGCCACUUUGCCUCCGCACAGCCAACACACGGGGGGAUGUGUUUGGGAGCUGCGGGCGCAGCCCGGAUGGCAGCUACGUGCCCUGCACCCCAAGUGAUGCCAUCUGUGGGCAGCUCCAGUGCCAGGGGGGCGGGGCCCGACCCCUACUGGGCUCGGCUCGAGAGAGACUCUGGGAGAUGGUGGAAGCCAACGGGACCCAGCUGAACUGCAGCUGGGUGCACCUGGACCUCGGCAGUGAUGUGGCCCAGCCCCUCCUGACUCUGCCCGGCACAGCCUGCGGCCCCGGCAUGGUGUGCAUGGACCGCCGGUGUCAGCCUGAGGCUCUCCUGGGAGCACAAGAAUGUCGGAGCAGUUGCCACGGGCAUGGGGUCUGCGACAGCAACAAGCGCUGCCACUGUGAGGACGGCUGGGCACCCCCCGACUGCACCGCCCGGGUCCGAGCGAGCAGCUCCCUGACCACCGGGCUGCUCCUCAGCCUCCUGCUGCUCCUGGUCCUGCUGCUGCUUGGUGCCAGCUACUGGCACCGGGCCCGCCUACACCAGCGACUCUGCCAGCUCAAGGGACCCAGCUGCCAAUACAGGGUGGCCCAAUCUGCCCCCCCGGAGCGACCGGGACCCCCACGGAGGGCCCUGCUGGUGCCGGGCGCUAAGGCGCAGAACCCGAGUCCAGCCUGCAGUGGGGAGAGGCAGUGGCCAGAGGAGGGCGUGCUGAGCUCUUUCAGCUGCCCGAGCUGGCGGCUUGGAGAGGCCAGCACUCCCGGCCUCCCAGGGGCCCCCUCCAGGCCGCUGCCGCCUGACCCUGUGCCCAAGAGACUGCAGGCUGCACUGGCUGACCGGCCCAAUCCCCCUACCCGCCCGCUGCCCGCUGACCCGGUGGUGAGGCGCCCGAAGUCCCAGGGGCCUGCCAAGCCGCCACCCCCAAGGAAGCCACUGCCUGCUGACCCGCAGGGCCGGCGCCCAUCAGGUGACCCGCCCGGCCCAGGAGCCGGGAUCCCACCUACAGUGAUACCCUCCAGGCCAGCACCACCGCCCCCAGCAGUGUCCUCGCUCUACCUCUGAUCUCUCCUGAGGUUCCGCUGCCUCCAACCCGGACGUAGGACUCCAAGAAGGAGCCUCACCCCUUGGAGUCCCCUCCCCCCACCCCAAGAUGACCGAAAGACUCAGAGCCUGCACGCGGCGGAACAGGAGUCUUCAGACAGCACGCCAUCGAGCAGCACUCUAGGGGACCUGCCCACGGAGCUGCAGCCCGGGGGCCGGGGCGGGGCUGCGGCUGGACGGGGGCUGCGGGAGGGGCGCACCGCCUGUCACCGCUCUGUGCAAUAAACUUGGGAU